AUGAUUGCGGUAGGAGUUGAGUAUGGCUUAGCGGAAAUUGAGACAGAAAUUGCAAGAGUCACACCCAUAGGAGUCACCCAGAAGUUUCUUCCAGGUGUUGAAGAGAGGAGGAGCAAAGAAGCUUUGGAAGGGAAUCUGCCAGCCAUUUUGCGAAGGAUGGAAGGGCAUUCAUCUCUCAUCUCUUCCAUCGAUAUGUUCAUCCACUCGUGUUCAUCGAUUCCUUGA